GUCUGCGCGCAUGUGUUAGCGCAUAGAUCUCUGGGUAUAUAAGAAGCACGGACGCGAAGCCGGAUCCUUUUUCGGCUCCCGGCUUACGAGAUGACCAAGAAGAGGAGAAACAACGGACGCGCCAAGAAGGGCCGCGGCCACGUGCAGCCCAUCCGCUGCACCAACUGUGCCCGCUGCGUCCCCAAGGAUAAGGCCAUCAAGAAAUUCGUGAUCCGCAACAUCGUGGAAGCGGCGGCAGUCAGGGAUAUCUCGGAGGCCAGCGUCUUCGACUCCUAUGUGCUGCCCAAACUGUACGUGAAACUGCAUUACUGUGUGAGCUGCGCGAUCCACAGCAAGGUAGUGAGGAAUCGGUCCCGGGAGGCACGAAAGGAUCGGACACCCCCACCCCGCUUCAGACCCGCUGGUGCUGCCCCCAGACCCCCUCCAAAGCCCAUGUAAAGAACUAUCUGCCCAUCAACAUUCCUGAACCAAUCAGAGGAAAAUAAAAUGGCUGGUCUACCCUAA